AUGAGAGACAGAGAUGAGGCAUUGUGUGUGCUCAAGGGUCAUCUGCGGGAGACUCAAGAUAAAAUGAAGAAGUUUGCUGACAAGAAGCAUCGUGAUGUUGAAUUUCAGAUUGGUGAUUGGGUGUGGUUGAAAUUACAGCCUUAUCAUCAAAUUUUAGUUCGACAAAAGAAGUUUGUAAAAUUAUCUCCCAAGUACUAUGGACCAUAUCAGGUGGUCGACAGAGUGGUUGCGGUGGCCUACAAAUUGAACCUUCCAUCAACGGUGUCUAUACAUCCCGUGUUUCAUGUCUCACAGCUAAAAAAAUUGGUUGGCCAACCCCGGAGGGAGUCGUCUGUGGAUCCCUUGGUCAAUGAAAAUCACACUUGGUUGCCGGAACCAGAAGUUAUUUUGAGCUCUAGGUCGGUGUUGUCGUAG